CUUUUUGAUGCUGCGCUUCGUAUUCCUUGCUUCACGAUUGUGUCCGAAGAGAAAAUCCACUCAUGCAAAAUGCCGUCGCUAUUACUAACCCGCUCGUCUUGUAUCGAGCGCUUGUCUCGACGAAUCGCAUUCGCCCCGAUCCGGCACAGCUACGGUUAGCGUUGCACCUGCAGAAAUUAUACGAUCGACUGAAAGAUUAUGAGCCUACUAUGGUAUAUAGUCAUAGACUGCAGCAGCUAGGACGAGCUAUUGGUCAUUCCAGCCAGAAUCAUGAGAGUGUAACGCCAUUCCAAAGUGCAGCACGUGGAAUUCUGCAAUCUCUGCUCGAAGAAAAGGAAAAGCGUGAUUCUCUUGCUUUAACGCGGGUUCUCAGCGACUAUGAAGAAGCAAUCAAAUUAGACAGUCCUAAGGGGCUUAUGGUCCAUGGUGAAGUAGGCACAGGAAAGAGCAUGCUCAUCGAUCUUUUCGCGGACUGUCUACCUACGAGAAAGAAGCGAAGAUGGCAUUAUAAUACCUUUAUGCUGGAAAUAUUCUCCAAACUGGAGCAGCUGCGAAUACGCCGUCUGUCUCAGUCCAGGCAUAUAGCUUUUGGUAUGAGCCAGGAUGAUCACUCUAUGCUUUGGCUUGCCCGUGAUCUCGUGGAAAAGAGCCCCAUACUCUUCUUGGAUGAAUUUCAACUUCCAGACCGAGCCUCUGCCAAGAUAAUGACCAAUCUGAUGACAAGAUUCUUUGGAAUGGGAGGAGUACUCAUAGCGACAAGCAACCGUAUGCCAGAUGAGCUUGCCAAAGCAGCUGGGAUUCAGUUCGUGCAACCGUCCGCUAGACGAGGGACUUCGACAUGGAACUUUCGGAACAAUACGUCAGAAAGAGAGAAUAAGAUGUUCGGUGGGGGGCAAAGCGAAUUUGCAGAUUUUCUGGAUUUGCUUAAGGCAAGGUGCGAUAUUUGGGAGAUGGAGGGCAAGAGCGAUUACCGCAGAGCGAGUCAGCGCGAGAAGUUUCCAUGCGUAGAUGCGGAUAUAUCAUCUUCGAGAGCUGUGGGAGGUGAGGUCAUUAUACCAACCAACUACGAGGAAGAAAAGGAAGGAAUCACUCUGCCAACGAAGUAUUUCUUGCAACCCCGCACCGAGCACUCAAGACUUUCUCCAGAACUCGAGGCUGAGAUCCUAAGCGUCGUAUCAAGAAGCGCCGGAACAAAUUCAUUCUCCAGGAUCCCUUGGCAACCAUUUACCCUCAAGGUCUAUGGGCGCAGCGUUCUCAUCCCUAGAAGCCUGAACCAAAUUGCUUAUCUUACUUUUGAUGAGCUCUGUGGCGCGACCCUCGGGCCUGCGGACUACACAACCCUAGCUUCGAACUUCCAUACAGUUAUCAUAACUCAUGUUCCCAUCCUAACCUCUUCGCUCAAAAAUGAGGCACGUCGUUUCAUCACACUGCUCGAUGCCCUCUACGAAGCCAAGUGCAAACUCUUGAUCGCUGCCCAGGCAGAUCCAGAUAACCUAUUUUUUCCGGAGCUACGAUCUGGAAAUGGAGGAAGUUUGGAGACAGAGUGGAGAGGAAAAGAAGAUGACGAUGCCACGUACGCGGAAACUUUUUCAGAGAUGCACCAAGAUCUCACUGCCCCCUUCCGUCCCAAUGUCUCUAUGUAUGACGGGUCGGUCGGUGACUCCACGCGUUCGCACCUUCAAGGCCUGCUAGCUGAAGAUGCACUCGAAGAUGAUCCUCCCAAUAAAGUGAAACGUAUGAUCGGUCGCACCGACUCAGACUUCUUGCUCGACGAACAAUUCCAAGUUCAGCGAACGCCCAACUUCGCAAAUACAAGUAUCUUCACGGGCGAGGAUGAAAAAUUCGCGUAUAAGCGGGCGACGAGUCGACUUUGGGAGAUGUGUGGACACAAGUGGUGGGCACGGGCUGAAGAGGGAUGGUGGCGACCACUUCCCCUAGAGAACCGUGGUUGGGAAAGUAAGCUUAGUUUGAAGGAGUCUCCAAUUGUCGCCGACUCAGUCACUGAAAGGGGGGAUAAAAGAGCUGCUAAUAGUGACAAAGAAUAUGAAGGAAUGGGGGAGCUGAGACAAGUUAACGAGAAUGAGGAUGAAGUCAUGUUCAGGUACGGUGGAAGUCCGUUCCGAAGGAUUUUGGAUGAGCCGCCUCGAAAAAUUGCAUGGACACAUUUUUGGGGCACGAUACGGUGGGGCAAGAGAGCCGGGCCUUGGGGACAAGGUGUAGACGGAUUGAAGGAUAGGAAGAGAAAAGACGAAAAUAGUAGUGGCGACAGAAAUUAGGCAUGAAUAGUGAAACACGUUCAUG